AUGUCUGUAAUUGACUCGCAUUCUUUGAGUGAAUAUAUAGAUGCUUUGCACUUGGAAAAUGGUGGGGACAUUGACAUGAUUCUGAAGAAUCGAAUGGUCAUGGAAACCCUAGCUAGUACACAGAUGUCUUGUCUGAGCCUGGCGUGCCGAAUUGGUAAUGUGAGACUUGUUACAACCUUGCUGGAGCAGGGCGCAGAUGUUAAUGUGGCUGAAGAAGAUGGGAUGUCACCCCUGCAUAUCUUGUGUAAUAGUGAGAAGCACAGUUUUGUUCGUAUAAAAAUUGCCAAGUUGUUACUGCGACAUAAAAUAGAUAUAAACAUGCAAGAUUUUUAUGGCCGGACUGCUUUACUUCUGGCAUGCCACAAAAAUCAAAUUGGUCUGGUUGACUUGCUUAUCCACGCUGGGUGUGAUGUCAACAUUCCUGAUAAGAAUGGUGAUACACCUUUCAUCGUAGCUUGCAGAAUGGCCUCUGAUGGCUGGUACUUUUGGAUUACUGACUGCCUAAUUGAGGAUGAUGAUAAUGAUGAUGAUGAGAAAGAAGAAAAUUGUAGUAAUUCUGUGCAAGAUGAUAAAUUUCCUCCUGUGGUUAUCUGUAAGGCCCUAUUACGAGCAGGAGCUAACCCCAAAGAGGCAACUUUGUUACCACCAGCGGUACUGUUCAGCACAAUGGAGACCGUUAAGGAGUUCCUAGACCUCGGUAUGGAUGUGAACUUGAUGGAUGAAAACAGACGCUCACCGCUGGGGUGUGCCUGCUCUGCCUCUCACAUUCCACAUAGCAUGGUGAAACUACUGUUAGAAAGAGGAGCAGAUGUGAAUGAAGACGGAGGUGGCAGGAAAAGCAAGCCAAUAAUUUUAGCCUAUGUUUAUAACUCUGUAGAUAAAAUUCGCCUCCUGCUGUCCUAUGGUGCCAGCAUCAGCUGUGAAGAAAUGUCAGAUCUAGUCUCCAUCAGCCUGUCCAAAUGGUUUCUGGAAAACCCAGAAAUCAUCCAUGAGGAAAGCCGUGAACUUUUAUCCUGGAAGCUACUGCUGAAAGCGGGAUUCCGACCAAAGCUACCACACUUGGGCGUGAAACUCAAGCGUGUUUCCUUGUGUAGCAGCUACAGCAAGGUUAGCCCUUGGAUACAUAACCUAAUGUCGCCCAUGUUGUCUUUGUCGGACAUUUGCCGUAUAACCAUUCGUUCACAGCUCAGACCUUGUGUGGAUGACAAUGUGGAGAGUUUACCUUUGCCCAACGGUCUGAAAGGAUUUCUGAAAUUCAAUGAGUUCACAACCACAGUAUUUAGAAGGAAUAGCAGUAAAUAG